CGGAGGAGGCGCCCGCACCACCUGCCAGAGACUCGCCCGGCCGCUGCCUGGCGGAGACCCUCGCCGACUGACCCGAGGCGCCCGCGGAAGCCUUGCGGGCCUGGGGCUGCCCCCAACACCUGCCCGGCUCGCCGCCCCCUCCGGCCCCGCCCGCAUGGCCGGGCUCCUGGCGGUCACCCUCGGUUGCAUCAGCCUCCUCUACCUACAGCUCCCAGGUGCGCUGUCCCUCGGCCUGGCCGGGAGCCGGCCGCCCACGCGACCCAGGGAGCCCCCAGCCCGGACGCCUGCCAGUGGCUCACAGCCUCAGCACCCUGCAGCCCUUCCUGCGGUCUGGAAGCUGCACCAGGCCCUCCAGCCCAAGAAGAGUGUCAGCCUGGUCCCUGCCAGGGGUCAGGCUCUCCGCAAUGGCCUCCGCCGACACUUGGGUACCCGCAGGCCGAGAGCCCAGCUCCUGCGUGUGGGCUGUGCUCUGGGUACCUGCCAGGUGCAGAACCUCAGCCACCGCCUGUGGCAGCUCGUCGGUUCGGCCGGCCCCCGGGCCUCAGCCCCCAUUGACCCCAGCAGUCCCCACAGCUACGGCUGAGUGGGGGGGCAGGCCUGUCCCAGCUGGGAUGCUGCACCCCAGCCCCAGGGCGGCAGCUGAGCCCCCAGCCCAGAGUGCCUGCAGAGAAAAGCCCCUAGAAGGGCAGUGCAGGCACCAGCGAACACCCCUGCCCCACUCUCCCCCGCCACGUUCUGCAGCAACCAGCCUCCAAUUGCUGUGGACAUAGAGGCCCAUGUGGGGGCCCAGCGGAGUCUGAUCACCCAGGGGCUCUGCACCGAGAGAGGGUAACACUUGGGGGACGGGGCUGAGAGAAGGCGGUUGGCAACAUUAGAUGCCAGAACGGGGCGCAGAGAAGAGGGUCUGCCCAAGGACGUGGGGCAGACGUCAGGGACCUGAGCACCCCGGGCCUCCUCUGGGCUGUGGAAGAGAGGGAUUCUGGGUUGGCCACUUGUCCUGACAUAGUAGGGUUAGGGCUGGGCUGCUCCAGUUGGGUCCAGGGUAGCAACAGAGACCUCUGCCUGCACCCCCUGAGGGCAGCUGCGGAGAGGGUGGAGGGGUCCUGGAGCUAGGCAGAGCACCCUUCCCACCCCCCAGGGCAGGGUGGGAGAGGGGUGGGGGUGGCAUUUCUCCCAGCCCAAAUCUCGCAAUUAAGGCAGAAUCUUAGCUCAAGGUGCGUAGGGGUGGCUGACCAAGGGUCAGGGCUCUGCAGGGGCUCCCUGAGCCUCCCCUGCCCGGCGCGGGGACCAGUGGGUCCAGGUGUGGGGACAAGCGGAGGCUGGUGGAGGAGACCGGCCUGGUUAUCAGUGGACAAGUCAGCCAGAGGUGGAGUCUGCAGUGGGCGGGGUGGCAGCUGGGGGAGGAGUUACACGCUGGGAGCCAGUGCCUCCUGUCCUGGCACCCAGGUCUCACAGGGUUCAGAAGGGCGAUUUCCCUUAUUCAGCAGACGUUUUGUGCAGCACUUAAUUUGUUGACGUUUGCUGUGUCACCCUUUCGGCCACCGAAUGAGGGGAGCACCGCCUUUACCCCAACUCCCAGCCAGAGAGCAGGGCCGGGCCUGCAGGCACCACGGUGCCCACCCACAGAUCCUGAGCUGCGGACCCCAUGGGUGGGGCUCUCCCACCCUCGUGCUCACUCCUCUGGCUCCUGGCUCCCCCGCCUCCACCGGGCCACAGGAGGUCAGCCCAGGCUGGUCCCUGCCCGGUUGGGGGAUGGACGGAGGGUGGCCGCAGCAGCUUGGAUGCCGUGCGGAGGCUGGAAUAGGUGCUUGCCGGGGCUGGAGAGGCCUGUGGUCACUGAGGGGUGUCGGAAGAGUGGGUGGGGAGGGCAGGCCGUGAGGGCUAGAGGGGCUCCAGGAUGAAGGAGAGGAGGCCCCAGGAAGGCUGGGUUGGGGAGUCAGGAGCUCAGCUGGGCAAAACCUCCUGCGGCCCCGGCCCUGGGGCAAAGUCCUCCAGGAACACAGCCUCACACAGUGCCUCCACGAGGCAACCCUGCCUGCCAGGAGGCCCCCAGGGCUGCGGUGCCCGCCUCCUGCCCCCAGGUGCUCAUUGAGCCUCGGGCCGUUUUCCUUGGGUCACCUGUCACGGUCACAGCAUCACACUGGUGUCCACAUGGCCUCCAAGCUCCAGGCCAUGUCCCGGCCGCCUGUCCGACAGCCUGCUUGGAGACCUGGGGGAUGCCUGCCGGGACCCCACCCACCCCCCUCCCGCUGCUCCCGGCCAGAGCCUCUUGGUCCUCCUCCCGUCUCCCGCCCUCAUCCAGACCCGCUGGCUGGCACUUUGUUCCUUCCCUCGGUCCAGGCCACCAACCUGCUUUGGGAUGAUGGGUCCAGCCUCCCCCCUGGCAUCCCCUCUCCAUCCCUGAAGCAAAUAUCUGCGGAGCACUUGUAGAAACAGCGAAUGAAACAUCAGCCCCCCACCCGGAGACGGACACGUCCGUGGGAGGCGGCGGAGGAAACCGACCUCAGGAGCACAGAGUGAGCGAUGCCCGGCUCGCGGAGUGCCGGAGGCGCUGCGGCUCGCGGGGCUGAGAGCACUCUGCCGUUGUCAACGGGGGCCAAGCACCCCCAGCUGACUCUCAGGACGGCAGGAGGAGCCGCGUGGAGAACACCUGGCCCACUGCCCUCUCCUGGCCCAGACUGCACCCUGACCUCAGCCUCUUUCCGAUGACACCGUCGUCAGCUCCAGGCUGUGUGGUCCUGCUGUGUCUCCACCGCCAAGCCUGGCUCUCGCGUGACCCGGGCCGUGAGUUCAUCUCUGCCCUGACUGGAGAUGGAGCCUCAGGCCCAGGGCCUGAGAAGAUCCCUCUGAGAUCUCUGAGCCUCUCUGAGCCAUGAGCCUCGCCCAGUAUUACCAAGAAUCCCACCCUGGACAGAAUCCUGUCAAGUUUAGCAAGGCUGCCCCCACCCCUGAUUCUCCUCUGGGAAUUUCCCCUCGGCCCCUGCCCAGUCCCCCACCCCCACCCCAGGGCUGUGAAACUCCAGCUGACCUUGCUGUGUUCCAGCGGAGCAUCUGAACAUCUCUCCCAUCUCGCAAUCAAGAAUAAAGUCUUCCAUCCCUUCUGAACGAGUGUCAAAGGGCACUUCCCUGGAGCUCCCACGGUUAAGGACCCUGACGGAGAACCAAGAUCCCACGCGGCAUCGAGCACCUAGCAACUAACACCUAGCACCUAGCCCUGCAGCCGAGACCCCGCUCGGCCAAAUAAAGAGAUAGUCUUUAAAAAAUGUCAAAAACGUC